AUCUCGCACUCGCAGCGAUAACUGCGCACCCGGCACCAUCCGAGAAAUGUCGAGCGCGUCUAAAGUCACUUUCGGUCUAUGUUGCAUGUCGUCCGUCGGAAUAAUAGGCUACGUUCAUUACAAGCAGGCCUACGACAGGAAGCAGCUGCACUUGGGCGUGAUACGCGACGUCGAGCGACGGGAGCGCCGAAAGGCAGAAAAUGUCUACGUACUGCAGCAGCAGGUCGAGCUAGCCAAGGAGCUGCGCAGAGAGGCGGCACUACGACAGAGCGACACGUAGCGAUUAACGACGCGUGGUUGUU